GUUUUUCGUUUUUCUCUUCCUUUAUUUGUCUAAGCCGAAUAAUUCAGUCAAUGACUGAGACGAGAUGAACACAACGACCACCACCACCAUCACCGCAGAACAACCUUAUCACCACCUCACACCGAAAAACCACCCACCACCAGAAACCCCAACCUACUCCCAAAAGAAACUCCUGCGCCUGUUGAACACCAAAUGCACCACUUCCCUUCAACAUCUCAAGCAAACCCAUGCCUUGAUACUAAGAACCGACCAUUUCCAGGACCACUACGUAUCUGGGUCCUUGGCAAAUUCCUACGCGAAUCCUGAUUUCGAAACCCUAGACUUUUCGGUACGGGUUUUCGACCAGGUCCGAAACCCGAAUGUCUUUGUAUGGAAUUCUUUGGUCAGAGGGUUUCUUGAUAACAACCAGCCAUUGAAUGCCUUAUCUUUUUAUAGUACUAAAAUGGUGGGUUCAAGGUCUAAGCCUAAUAAGUACACUUAUCCUCUAUUGUUAAAGGCUUGCGCUGUUUUGGGCGCGGUUGAAGAAGGGGUGCAAGUCCAUGCCCAUGUGGUGAAGUAUGGGCUAAGUGGAGGUAGGCAUGUAAGAAGUGCUGGCGUUCAUAUGUAUGUAUCGUUCGGGCGAGUUUUGGAUGCCCGGAACGUGCUUGUUGGAGGUCCUGAACCAGAUGUUGUGUGUUGGAACGUGAUGAUUGAUGGGUACUUCAAGUGUGGGAAUGUUGAAGAAGCUAAAAAGGUGUUUGAGGAUAUGAAAGAAAAGAACAUUGGGACUUGGAAUGCCAUGGUCAGUGGCUUCGCUAGCUGUGGGAUGAUUGUGGAGGCAGUGGAGAGUUUUAACCGAAUGCCGGAAAAGAAUGAUUUAUCUUGGAGUGCAAUGAUUGAUGGGUAUAACAGAGGAGGCUAUUACAAGGAGUCCUUGGCAAUUUUCAAGGAAAUGCAAAGGGAGAAACUUAAGCCUAGUAAAUUUGUACUGUCUAGUGUUCUAGCAGCCUGUGCUAAUUUGGGGGCUAUUGAUCAAGGCAGGUGGAUACAUAGGUACAUUGAAAGUGAAUCAGUUCCACAGGGUGCUAUAUUGGGGACUUCCUUGAUUAAUAUGUAUGCUCAAUGUGGGCUUAUAGACUUGGCACGGGAGUUUUUUGACAACAUGAAGCAGAAAGAAGUUUUUACUUGGAAUGCCAUGAUUGGAGGGCUUGCUGUGAAUGGUCGCGCAGAGGAUGCGAUUCAGGUUUUCUUCCAGAUGCAAAGGGAGAAGAUGAAGCCAGACGACAUCACCUUUGCGGCUAUUCUAAAUGCUUGUGCUCAUGGUGGAUUGGUUGAUAAAGGGUUAGAUUUUCUCCAUUCUAUGAAGCAAGAUUAUGGAGUUGAGCCUAAAGUAGAGCACUAUGGUUGUGUGGUUGAUCUGCUCGGAAGAGUAGGGCUCUUGAAGGAAUCAGAGGAUGUAAUAAAUUCCAUGCCAAUAGAACCCAAUGCAGCUGUUUGGGGAGCGCUUUUGGGUGCUUGUGGGAAACAUGGAAAUGUCGAGUUGGGUGAGAGAGUAGGGAAGAUAUUACUUGAAUUGGAGCCACGGAACAGUGGCCGGUAUGCCUUGUUAUCGAACAUCUAUGCCAAGGCAGGGAGGUGGAAAGACGUUGAAAAUUUGAGAAAAUUAAUGAAGGAAAGAGGGGUGAAAACAAAUACUGGAAAAAGCUUGAUUGAUGUUGAUGGAACUGUUCAUGAAUUCAAAAUGGGAGAUGGGUCGCACCCUCAAAUGCAGGAUAUCUACUCUUUGUUGGAAGUAGUCAUUAGAAAGUUGAAUUUGGAAGGGUAUUUGCCAAAAACAUCAGAAGUUUUGUUCGACAUUGAUGAGGAGGAAAAGCAAACUGCAUUAAGGUAUCACAGUGAGAAGCUUGCUAUUGCUUUUGGGCUUCUUAAAACAACACCAGAUACAACUAUCCGCAUUGUGAAGAACCUUAGAGUUUGCGAUGACUGUCACAAUGCAACCAAGCUCAUUUCAAAGAUCUACAACCGGAAGAUAAUUGUGAGAGACCGAGUGCGGUACCAUCAUUUUGAAAAUGGAGCUUGUUCCUGCCAAGAUUUUUGGUAGGUUUCAUCCAGAUAGCAGAACGACGAAUGUCUCCCAAAUGAUGUUGAAAAUUUUAAUCUGCAUAUUAACAAGGAGAAAAUCAUUUCCCAAAUUAUCGAUACAAUUAUAUCCCUGCCUAGACCUUGUAAUAGUAAGCUAUCAUUUUGUGAAAUAUGAGACCUAUGACUUCGCAGUGGAAAGAACAACUUUAUAUCC